UUCUUUCUACGAGCCAUGUGGUUUGCCGUUGAUAAAUAAAGAUCUCUGCUGAUUUUUUUACUCCCCCCCCCGCCUCCCUCUGUUUUACUUUCUAUAUUUUGUACACAAAAGCGGACUUUGGCGCAGUCGGAGCCGCCGGAAUGUCUGCGAGCCUCCAGGCGCAGGUGGAGUCGGUGCUCGGAGCGCUGGUCAAAGCCGCGACGGUGGAGUUGACCAAACUGUUCGAGAGCAGAUACCGAGCGUCGGCUCAGGAGGCGGUUGCGGCCCGCUCGGACGACAAAGGGCCGACCGCCACGCGGGCUCGCCUGUCCCCCGGCGACGCAACACGCAGCAUCGGCGUGCAAGUGGACGAGGACAUCGGUGCGCCGUUUGAGCUUUCCGGCCCCCCUGUCCUCUCAGAUGAGGAUUGUUUGAGGGAGUGCAGUCUCCUCCCAUCAGAAACCCUCCUGACUGAAGAUAAGGGCCAAGUUGACCCUGAGGGGUCUCCACUGAAGGAACAGGUUGUGGCAGAGACUGCACAUAUGGUGGAGUUGAGCGGGUUUGAAGCAGAGUCUCCAACUGAUGUGGCUCUUCCAACAGUCCUUUUGCACGUCUCAAAGGCAUGGACAUUAAGACGCAAGCCUACGCAAAGCUCUCCAGUGAAACGGAAGCCUCUCGUGAUCCAGCCAGAUUCACACAAUCUCAUUUCCGGGGAGACGGUGAAGUUUGUCUGCCCGUUGAUCCUCAGGCCGGAGUCCCCCACCCCUAAACCGGACACUUCGGAGAAGCCCGUUAAAUCCGAGCCCCAGCAAGUUUGCGUCAGCACCGCCAAGGGCACUGCCUACAGCCCGUCCCCGUCUGACGGAGCGGUGACCCCUGCUCCGGCUGGCGUUUGGGAGCGGAUUCACACGCCAGAUGAGAGCAAGAGCAACCUCCACAUGAAACUGAAACUGAAUUCCCCCGACCAGAAGCUGGCGCGCCCCUGUGCGGUGCAACUGGUGGACGUGCUUGCGGUGUCCGAGUCCGCGAUGAAGCUCCAGGACGCUGCUGCUAAGGGUCACAGUGGCCCCCAAAAAGCUGGUUGGCCUCUGCCCAAAGACCUCCGGCGCCACCAAGGCCUCCACACCGGCCACCGCCUCUGCUGCUUCACCCCCUGCGAGAACGGCGUCUGGCGGCUCCAGAAGGUGGUGGCCCACAGCCGCGACGGGUACCCGUGCGGCAUCUGCGGCAAGACGUUCACGCGGAGGAAGAUUCUCCGGCGGCACGAGCGCUUUCACACCGGCGAAAAGCCGUACCCGUGCUCGUCGUGCUCCAAGUCGUUUGCGCUGAGGAAGAGCCUCCGCCGCCACCUGCGGUUCCACACGGGGCAGAGGCCGCACGCCUGCACGCACUGCGGCAAAAGCUUCCGUCUGAGAGAGAAUCUGAAGGCACACCUGCGCUUUCACACGGGGGAGAAGCCUUACAACUGCGUCGCCUGUGGCAAGUGGUUCCGGAUCAAAGAGAACCUGAAGAAACACAAACGGAGCCCGUGUGGAUUCUUUAUUCCUUCGUUCAGGAUGAUCGCCGGCUUGUAGCCAGCGGCAGGAUGUCGUGGUGGUUGCACCGCUUUCUACCUCGGACUGAAAACACUGUUUUGCUCUCAUGACUGUCAUGUGACAUUUAGAUCGAAAAAAUGUACUCUACUUUUUUUAAAGAUGAGAGAAAAUUAUGAGAGGAAAAAGAAACCUGUGGUCCAGAUUGAUUCCAGAAAAGUUAUAUUUUAAUGGCUGGUUGUAAGAAGCUUAUACUACUGAUGGACUACUUUUCUUAGUUUCUUAUUCAUUGCCAUGUUUCUGCCUCUUGUUGAUUGUGGACCAAUGUUUGCAGGACUGAACUACUUCACCCUUUUUCUUUCUAUUUUGCUUAUAGGCCUUCUGAGAAACAAAUUAUUAGUCUAAAAAAAAUAAGCUCCGCCGAACACCAGGUUUAGUACCGAAGUGCUCGAGUACCGAUGGGCUCGCCUGCCAACCCCUUCUGUGUCAUGGUUACAAUAACACUUUCACUGAUAUUUAAAUGUUUUCUAUAUAUUCUUUCUAUGCUUUUUUUACUUUAUACCCAUGUCUCUGAUCAAAAAGUGUUUGUUUUUGUAUUCAUGCUUAUUGCCUGAUGUAUGUCGACUUCUUUCCUUUCAUGACCUGGAUGUCAAAGACGGAGGUUUUAAUGUUCAAACCCUUUGGAACGACAACAGUACGACGCGUUCGUACUCAUAUUCACUUUUUUUAAUACAGUCUUUCCUUUUUUUAAAAGUUGUAAUAUUCCUGAAUACGUGUCUAUCAUACUGUAAAACUUAUUUUUACUAGAUAUCAGUUUCUUGUGUAUUAUUAAAUACAUUUUGUGUGGCGCAUA